UCUUACUAUCGUCCUGAUAUUGCGGACCGUCUCCGAGCGAUAUCCCUCGAAGCACGUAAAUGGGCCACGUCCAGAUUGGGCGUCGGAUGAUUCAUUCGAACGCGCGAGGCGUGGAUCACGUGCUAGGCAGCAAACCCUGUGCUGCUGGCGUUUCCGCGUUCCAUUCGCUGCAAGGAACCCGACCGACGUGUUACUUCGGGUCCCGCUCCGUUCGAAUCUCAAGUUCUUCUCGCCUCUCGUCGCCAAGACAGCUGGACAUGAGCGGUCAGGAGUGCUACGCGUGCCACAAGCAGGGCCAUUUCGCCCGCGAGUGCCCAGAAGGCGACCAACGCAGCAGCAGCUACGGGAACCGGAGCAGGGACGGCGGCUACGGAGGCGGAGGCGCAUACGGUGGUGGUGGCGGCGGCUAUGGCGGCGGCGGCGGCGGCGGCAGCUACGGCGGUGGCGGAGCCGGCUACGGCGGGGGCGGCUACGGGGGCGGUGGCUCGUUCGGCAGCUCCUACCGUUCCGGCGGGUACGGCUCUCGUGGUGGUCGCGGAGGGGGUGGCAGUCCUGGCGGUCCUGGUGGCAUGCGAGGCGGCUCGACGCGGAUGGGCGAUUCCCGCUCCUUCUCUUCGGGUCCCAUGUCCUGCUACAACUGUGGAAAAACCGGCCAUAUCGCCAGAGAGUGCCCCGAUGACGGCAAGACGUGCUACGUCUGCGGCAAGCAGGGCCACAUAUCUCGCGACUGUGGACAGAAAGAUUGAACCUCGGUUCCAGUAAGAUGUUCCGUUCGGUCCGUCUUGCAUUCCAAGUUUGUCUUGUUUUUUUGUGCGUGGAAUUUGAAGUAGGGCUGUACCGUUUCCGCCGCAGUGGCUAGUUCAGUCGAAGUACCCCGACUCGGAGAGAACGUGGUUCUGAGAACCGCGACAUGUUUUAGGCUUCGGCACACGCUAUUCCUAAAGAUGUAUUGGACCGAAACGUCGAUGUUCUUUGUGGCGGUUGGUGGUACGGAAGGCAAUGGGAUGAACGUUCGCGGUUUCAUGUUUUUUCUCGUGUGAAAUUUUCUUACUUUGUACUGAAAAUAAACGUUUAUUUUCGUGCUCCCAA